AUGGACGAAACUCAAUAUACUGAUAAUGCUUUACGCAUUAUUCAAAACGCAACCAACUUGUGUAAAGAAAAUGCCAAUACUCAAUUGGUUCCCUUGCAUUUACUUGCUGCAUUCAUCCCUACUGAUGACACUGAAGGAACAUCACCAUAUUUACAAACAUUGAUUCAGAAAGCAAGGUAUGAAUGGCCUGUUUUUGAACGAACCGUAAACAAGCAUUUGGUUAGAUUACCAAGUCAAAAUCCACCACCUGAUGAUGUUAGGCCUAGUUAUCAAUUGGGUCAAGUUUUACAAAAUGCCGCCAAGAUUGAAAAACAACAAAAGGAUUAUUACAUUGCCCAAGACCAUUUGUUAUUGGCGCUUUUGGAAGAUCAAUCAAUCAAGGAUAUCUUUAAAGAAGCUGGUAUCAAACCCGAUGCCAUAAAGACUCAAGCAUUGGAGUUGCGUGGUGACCAAAGAAUUGAUUCAAGACAAGCUGACUCUUCUAGCAGCUAUGAAUUUUUAAACAAGUAUUGUGAAGAUUUCACGGAAAAGGCUAGAGAAGGUAGAAUUGAUCCUGUUAUUGGAAGAGAAGAAGAGAUUAGACGUGUGAUUAGAGUUCUCGCAAGAAGAUCGAAAUCAAAUUCAGUACUUGUGGGAGAUGCCGGUGUCGGUAAAACUUCUAUUGUCGAAGGUGUUGCUCAAAGAAUUGUUGAUGGUGAUGUGCCCAAUGUUUUGUCCAAUGCAAGAUUGUUUUCAUUGGAUAUGGGUGCAUUGACCGCUGGUGCUAAAUACAAGGGUGAAUUUGAAGAAAGAUUGAAAGGUGUAUUGAAUGAUAUUUCCAAAUCCAAAGAGUUUAUCAUUUUGUUUAUUGAUGAAAUUCACACUGUAAUGGGUGACGGUAAAUCCGAUGCUGCAAAUCUUUUGAAACCAAUGUUGGCAAGAGGUGAAUUGCAUUGUAUUGGAGCUACUACUUUUGCUGAGUACCGUAAAUUUAUUGCUAAAGAUGGUGCUUUUGAUCGAAGAUUUCAAAAGAUUGAUGUCCCCGCGGCAACCGUUAAUGAAACCAUUGCUAUAUUGAGAGGUUUACAACCAAGAUAUGAAAUCCACCAUGGGGUUAGAAUCUUGGAUAGUGCAUUGGUUACUGCUGCCCAAUUGGCUUCAAGGUACUUGACUUACCGAGCAUUGCCUGAUUCAGCAGUUGAUUUAGUUGAUGAAAGUGCUGCUGCUGUUGCCGUUGCUAGAGAUUCCAAGCCGGAAGAGUUGGAUACUCUUGAACGUGAAUUACAUUUGGUUGAAGUUGAAAUCAAUGCAUUGGAAAGAGAUAAAGAUGCUGAUUCUAAUUCCAAGGAAAGAUUAGAAGCGGCUAGAAAGAAACAAGCUAGUAUUGAAGAGAAAAUGGGUCCAUUGAGAGAACGAUUCAACCAAGAACGUGCUGGACACGAUUUGCUUAUUGCUGCAAAGAGGAAAUUGGAUGAAUUGGAAGUUAAAGCCCAAGAUGCUGAAAGAAGACAUGAUACCGCCACUGCUGCUGAUUUGAGAUAUUUUGCCAUUCCUGACGUUGAAAAACAAAUUGAAGAAUUAGAGGUUAGAGUUGCUGAAGAAGAAGCUUCUAAUUUGGAUAGUUUAUUGAAAAACGCUGUUGGUCCUGAUCAAAUUUGUGAAACUGCUGCUAGAUUAACUGGUAUCCCAGUCCAAAAAUUAAGUCAAGCUGAAAAUGCUAAAUUGAUCAAUUUAGAAUCUGAAUUGUCGAGUGUUGUUGUUGGACAAUCAGAAGCAGUUAAAGCGGUUUCCAAUGCCAUCAGAUUGAGAAGAUCAGGAUUAUCCAAUCCUAACCAACCACCAUCAUUUUUGUUCCUUGGUCUUUCAGGAUCUGGUAAAACUGAAUUGGCCAAGAAAUUAGCUGGCUUUUUGUUUGCUGAUGAAAAAGCCUUGAUUAGAAUUGAUUGUUCUGAAUUGGAUAAAUGGUCUACUUCCAAGCUUCUUGGAUCAAAUGCUGGAUUCGUUGGUUAUGGUGAGGGAAACAUUCUUGCUGAACCAUUGAUUAGAAGACCUUAUUCAGUUGUCUUGUUUGAUGAAGUUGAAAAAGCAGCACCCGAAGUAUUGACGAUUUUGUUGCAAAUUUUGGAUGAUGGAAGAAUCACUGAUGGUGAAGGUAAAUUGGUCAAUUGCUCCAAUGCCAUUUUCAUCAUGACAUCAAACUUGGGUGCUCAAUACAUUAGUGAAUCAAAGGGAAGCAAAAUUGAUGCUUCUACAAAAGAACACGUUAUGGGUGCUGUUCGUGCCCACUUCAGACCAGAAUUUUUGAAUCGUAUCUCCAACAUUGUCAUAUUUAACCGUCUUUCGCGUAAAGCCAUUGCCAAGAUUGUUCACAUUAGACUCAAUGAAUUGACAAAGAGAUUUGAAGAUAAUGGCAAGAGAAUCACUUUGCAUUUGGAUGAUGAUGCCAUGAAUUAUCUAAUCAAGAAUGGGUGGUCAGCUGAUUUGGGAGCCAGACCUUUGAAUCGAUUGAUUCAAAAUGAAAUUUUAAACAAGUUGGCUAUAUACAUCUUGAAGGGACAAGUUAAAGAUAAGGAAACGGUUAAUAUUGUUGUUGGUGAAAAGGGGUUGGAAGUUGUGCCUAACCAUGAGGCUGAAGAUGAAGAUAUGAAUGAUGUUAAUGAUUGGCAAGACAGUGAGGAUGAAGAUGAUGAUGAAAAAGAAGAGCUAGAUUAA